CCGCAAGGGCCAGUCCUGCGUUUCGGCGUCGGAUGAUCGCCGGCCCCCGUCGCUUUUCUUCGGGCGUCUGCUCGCAACUACCGACCCCCGUGAACUCACCCGGGACCCACAACAGGACCUGCCGAUGGCCCGGCCGCCGCCCUGAAAACCGAAGGGCGACUCGAAUCGGAGUCGGAGUCCCCAAUUGCGCAUGCGCAUUCCGUGGCCAUGGCCGCCCCCGUCCUCCCAAACACGGACAACUUCCUGGGCGUCGCCCUCGUCAUCAACCGCUCCCGUGACGGGCCGCAGUUCGUGUUCCACUACCCGCCGUGCGUGCUGCCGGCGGAUCGCUCCAGAAGGACGACCGUCGGCAGUGACGAGCCCGACGAGGACGACGACAUCCUCUCGGGCGUCCCCUCGCGCGGCGCACGUUUGGAGACCGGCUCUUCGGCCGCGAGCGAGGCCGCCGAGCUGGCGCAGUGGAACUAUGACGACCACAUCAUCACCGAGAGCGGCACCCAGAUCGUCCCCUGGGAGCGCGUUGCUGGGUUCCCGACCAAGGAUCUGGAGAACAUCCUGACGCCAGCCCGCGCAUACCACAAGAGGCUGUUUCAGGUGUCGCUCGACCCCGUCCACUGCGUCUCCUAUCCCAUCUACGUGCCGGAGAACGGCGUGUGGCGUAAGAAGAAGAGCAAGAAACCUCGGAAUCAGCCGCCGCAGUCGCAGCAGCACCGGGAACCCGGGGUCGGGCCUGGGACCGGCGCCGCCAAGAAGGAUGACGACGAUGCCUUGCCAACCGACGCCGGCGCUUCAGCCAGGAGCGGCGGCGAGAAGGGCGCAAGCGACGCAGAAAAGAUCGAGGCGCGCGACAUGCUAAAGCCCCCGGUCAAGCCCGCCGACGAGACCGAGGACAAGAAAAGCUCCAUGACCAUGUUCAACCUGGUGUUCUUCCUCCACCCCAAGAAGCACGAGGUCAAGCCCCUCGUAGACAUAAUGUUUACCCACAUAAUCAAGAAGAUCAACAAGGCCUUCAAAUACUGCCAGCAGCGGAGUGACUUUGUCUGGAAGGAGUCGAAACGGAUCCUCGCCCUCAAAGACAAGGGUCGGGAGGACAAGAGGAAAAUGAGUUCCUUGUGGGAGGAGAUCCUGUCCACCUCAUCCCUGGCAGCGUCCAUGCAGGAUAUUUACGAGGCUGUCUCCCAAAACAAAAUUGCCGCCCUGCAGCUGGACACGGUCGAGGGCACCGUAACCCACUCUGUCCAGAUCCCCGUCCCAUUUCAUGUCUCGGACCUGCCGCAGGAAGGCGAAGAAAGUCAGCGCGGCCUCUGGCUGACCACAGUAAACUCGCUAAUGGGAGAGGAGGCGGCUGAGACGCCCGGCUUCCUGGACAAAAACUUUGCGCUUCUGCUCAUGAUGGACGAGAAGAGGAUCAUUGCGGAGUUGCAAAGCGAUCCGGACGAAACCACGCUCGCCAUGAUUGAGUUUGUGCGCCAUUGCAAGCCAACACUCUCCUUCUAUCAAGUCUGCCAGCAGUCCAGCAACGUGCUCACCCCAGCCCAGGUGCGCAAGUUUGCCCAGCACUUCAUCUUUUGGCGGCGCGCCAUCGCGAUCCCGCCUCUGCACGCCCGUGACACGUACAUUGUCAGCCCCAACUGCGACCUCCGCAAGCUCCCUCAGGCAUCCGCCGAGUGGGCGCGCCAGUUCCCCCUUUCGCCGGCUCUGCCAAACUUCCUCGCCGAGCUCAGUGUCGCCCCCCGGCCAUACAAGCUCCACUGCCCCAGCAAAGCCCACCGUCCGGUCUACAUGGCCAUGCUGGCCUGGCUGAUGCGCGGCGGCUGGGUCACACAACUGUGUACCUUUGCCUACGUCGUUGUCUGGCCCGAGAUCAUCUACGAGGUUGAGUACGAGCUUGAGGCCGAAGAGAUUGCCCGCGCAAAGCACGCCCAGAGCAUGGGCCAUGAACCGGGCAGUGUAGAAAGCGACGACGCGGCCACCGCCGCCCUCACUUCCUCGGUGCCGGCCGUACCAGCCCUUGGCGACGCGCCCGUCGCCGGCUUCUCGUCCCGCUUCCUCCCCUUACUCCACGACCCGUCCGACUCUGUCUCUUCCUCCACAGCCGCCCUCCGCGACCUCGCCCUCUCCCACUCCCACUCCUCGCUCAUCCCCGCCAGCGCCUCUACCCCGACAUCCCCAUUUCCCGCUCGAAUCAUCGGCGACAACAACAACGACAACCGCCACUCCCCAUCCCCGCCACCGCCAGCGCCGCCCUCUCACGACACCAAUACCAACCCGACCUCAGCCUCUCCGACCCCGACCCCCGCCGAACAGGCCGCCGAGAAGGCGCGGCUGGCCCGGCUCGCCGACAAGGCGGCACGGGAGCUGGCCGAGCGGGCAACGGCGCACGCGCGCAAGGCCGUGCCGCGGCAGACGGCGCACCCGAGCGUCAACCACGCGCGCCACCUGGAGGGCAUCACGCCGCACAUCAUCCUGGACGCCAAGCAGGCCACCGGCAAGGAGAGCCUGUACCUGAGCGCGAUCGGGCGGCGCUUCCGCGACCGCGUCGGCGGCGGCCGCCCGCACGGUUCCGGUUCCGGUUCGGGUUCUGGUCCGGGUCAGGCCCAGGCUCAGGUUCAGGCUCAUGGUCGGGAGAGGGAGAAGGACAGGGGUCCGGAGACCAGUCAGGGGCGCAGGGAUGGUACAGAUGGAAAGAGGGAACACCAUCCCUCCGGCGCCGGCGGAGGCGCCAGCGGAGGAGGAGGAAGAGGGGUGGCAAGAGGGGGUGGCCUCGGCGGUCCCCAUAGCGGAGGAGGGGCUGGAGGAACGGGGCUCCGCGACAGCGGCGACUGGGACGAGCGAGUUGCCAACGCCUGGCCGGUGUUUUGCAAAUACUUCAACGGGAGGACGGCGCUGGAGAGGAUCGCGCUGCAAGAGGACAUGAAGCGCAAGGACGUGUGGAACUUGCUGACGGCCAUGAGCGAGUACCUGCUUUGCGUUCGUCACUGGUAAGAUGGUGGAAGCAUAGGUAAAGCCAGGAUCUCGCGGGGACGAGAAGCCAGCUCUGUGAUACCAAAGGAUUAUCGUUGAGAUAUAUCUAAAAAGGCAGCGCCACGCAACAACAGACGGAAGGAGAUAGGAACGCAUGCGGGACGGCAGAUCUUCGUAAAAGCAUGUGGUAAAACAUGUGUAUUCGCCCAAGGGGUAUUAUCAUGCUACGCAGUGAAACAGGCCGUGGUCAGCCAGCAAGCCCAACACGCGCAGCAAUCGAUGCCAUCGCAACUACCUAACGACUGACGGAGGGGCUCGCCAACCAAAAAGAAGCCAGAGAUCAUGAAAGCCAAAAGCGCCCUGCCCACCCUAUCCACCUUGUUUCCAUGUGC